UCUACCUCCAAGCCAAACUAGCGCGUUUAACGUUUAACCCGCGGCAAACGCUUCAACGAGCUGAGCGGUUCAUUCAGUCUUGGACUGUCGGGAAGCAUGUCGGACGGUUGUGGGCGGUGGCACCGGUACAAGCUCGCGACCACGGCGGUCGUCGCCUGGCUCCAGCGCACGAAGAACGUCGCCAAGAAGGCGAAGAAGAACAAGAAAAACAAGUCGGAAGAGGUCGAGUGGACGACGGCGCAGAUCUGGGCCGCCACGCAGGACAUUGCGGCGAGCGCUACACCCGUUCCGGUUGCCAUCAUUCGCCAGCUCAAAGCAAGCAUCAAACUGCGUUGGCAGGCAUGUAAGGCCUUCCCGCCAGACCAAGGCCACGCGUACUUCCUCGACCUCCUGCGCGCUGUCGACGCUACGCUCGAGCCGCUGGUGCAGGAGACGGCGCCGCCGUCGCCCAAGCACGAAGGGCAACUGCACAACGCGUUCGAGGCGCUUGCAGUUGACGACGAAAACGAUGAAGACGAUGCGCCAGACGAGUCGCUCCCGCCGUUUGACGCCAAGGCCUUUGCUAUCCGCGAGCCGAGUCCCGAGGACACUGCGGUCGCUGCGAUCGAGGCGGACCAGUUCCGCGCCAUCUGCUUUCUCAUGGACCUUGACGAGCUUCUCGGUGACGUGGACCAUGCGUGGUCCAGUCUGAAGGCGGGUGAGUCGAGCUUGGUGGCGGCCACCGCCGUCACAAACGCCUGCGUCAAGCUCGUGAGUACGUGGUCGGCGACACUGCACCUCGAGCUGCCGUACCUCGAGACGCUGGCAGAGAUUUUCGCACUCGUCGAGCGAGGUCCGUUCUUGCGUGAGAUGAUGGUGUCGCACAACACUUCCCUCGCGACCGCCGUGCGCCUUGUCACGCUAGCGUGCAAGUCGCCAACGCCAGCCACGAGCACGGCCACGAUAGCAAAGACGCUUCGCGUGCCGCACGGAUCGGCGGCCGCGCUCGAGCAGGCCAUCGUGGACGCGCACGAAGCCUCGCUCGCGACAACCGACGAGCGACUUUUUUACGUCAAGAACCUCAAGAUGCUGCAGCGCGCGCUACCCCGGCUCGCGGGCCUCCUUGAUAUAGUCAAAGGCCCGCGGUUUACCAUGCCAAGCAACAUGCGCACUGCGCCUUGGAGCGAGGCGGCGGGCAUGCUUUGGUCCAUGAAGGAGCUCGUGGGCCCGCUCUUCUCGGAGAUGCUGCCGCCGGUGCUCUUUGCGACAAAAGACAAGUGUCCCGAGAUUGUGAGCGCCCACAAGGACUACAUGCCUUGGCCCAACCUCGUCUUUGAGUUUCAAAAGACGAAGCGCACGAGCAUCCCAUUCGUCUUCGCGACGGUUUGCCUCCUCGAGUCGAUCAUGGACACGCAAGGCCCCGAAUGGGACAACGUCACGUGCGCCAAGAUCGCGGCCUCGACCAAAGCGAGCCUCAAGCGCGUGACGGAGCACGUGCUCGCGUGCCAGAACAACGCCACGGGCCUCAUCCAGCCGCCGCGGACGCUCAAGCUCCUCCCGGAACACGUCCAGGGGAUGCUAGGCAUCAUGCAGAUCGUCAACAAGUGCCCGUACUUUACGCCACUGGAGCUCGACCAAGGCUGGCUCAACCCGUGGAUGGCCGGCCAGUGGAUGCUCACGAUGAGCUUGAGCUUCAGCCUCUCGUACGGAGUCGGCGUCAUGGACGAUGUGCAGCAAGGCCGGUUCGUGUUCCACCUCUACAACGCACUGCGCCUGCACGAGCGUAUUGCUCCGAUCCCGGUGCUGGACACGCUGGCCACGCUCCUGGAGAAAGGUCCGAGCAUCUGGUACGGUGGGCGCCCGACCGAGAGCUUUCUCGUCUCGCGCAUGCUAUCGGUGGGCUACAAUCUCCAGCACGCAACGUACUUUAUGAACGCGCGCGAUCCGGACGCGCGCGAGGCCAACGCCAAGCGCCUCGAGGCCUGGGACCGCCGAAGUAAGUUUGCCAAGGAGCACGGGCGCGGCGUCAAGCACAGCCGCGAGGGCGACUACACGUACCCGUUCCACCUCAGCCGCACCUUUCGGCUCUUGACCGACAUGGAGUCGCCCAAGAUGCGCAAGGGCGGUCGGCUGCCCGACAUGGACGAUCUCGCUGCCGUCGCCAACGAAGAGUGGAAGGCGUUUUUGAACGUCGACUUUAUCGCGCUCGGAACGCUCUUCCGCGAAGCGUGGGUGCACUGCGCCGAGUAUUGCGACUGGGAAAGCGGGAACCCACCCAUGCCCGAGCUUGUCCCCACGCACGCGCUGUGGGGCAAGACCUUUGCGAGCCGGGAUUGGCACAAGAUGCAGGCAUCGCUCGACAUUCUCUUCCACAUUUGCGACGGCGAGCUCAACGACAUGCGACUCUUCGAGGCGGCGUGUGAGCUCACACUGCUCGGCCAGCGCCUUAGCGAAGUCUACAUCGAGUUGCCCGCGCGCUCCAGCUAACGAGCUUUGGUUUCUCGCUUCCGUGCCUUUGAUUUGUCUCUGCGUGUACAUAAUGCCAUUCAUACAAACACACCGUGAUACAACA